AAAUUUGAUUUGAGAACCCCGGCUCUUCUCGAAGCGUUGUUGUGAAUCCAUUAUGGCGAUAUUUGAUGUUGUACUAUUUUGAAGAAGUGCACAUGUUCUCAUCCAAAUGGGAGUUAAAUAAUCUAUUAAUCGGGUGCAUUACAUUAGCGCCAUAAUAAUUGAUUCAUUAUUUGAGUACGUAGUCCUAAGAGCGUUGACUAUAAUGACGGACACGAGACGAAGGGUAAAGCUUUACGCUCUGAAUGCUGAUCGGCAAUGGGAUGACAGAGGGACAGGGCAUGUUUCCUCAUGUUAUGUUGAGAGGCUGAAAGGCACUUCUCUGCUAGUGAGGGCAGAGUCAGAUGGCUCUCUCCUCCUAGAGAGUAAGAUUCAGCCCGACACUGCCUAUCAGAAACAGCAGGACACCUUGAUAGUAUGGUCAGAAGGUGACAACUUUGAUUUAGCAUUAAGUUUUCAAGAAAAAGCUGGCUGCGAUGAAAUAUGGGAAAAGAUUUGUCAGGUGCAAGGCAAAGAUCCGUCAGUUGAAAUUACACAAGACAUUGUUGAAGAGUCUGAAGAUGAAAGAUUUGAUGAAAUGUCAGAUAGUGUUCAGCCAGUGGAGCUGCCAGCCUGUGAGAUGGGACGUUUGGAAGAUAUCAGUGAACUGGUGAACAGUUGUCUGGUGUCUCCAGCACGCAAAGACAAACUGGCUGCAGCACUGGAGAGUCAACAUUAUAUCAAAAAGCUGCUUAACCUCUUCCACAUGUGUGAGGAUAUUGAAAACAUUGAAGGAUUGCAUCAUCUUUACGAAAUAUUCAAAAGUAUAUUUCUUCUAAAUAAAAACACAUUAUUUGACACAAUGUUUGCAGAUGACACUAUUUUUGAUGUUGUGGGAUGUUUAGAGUAUGACCCCAGUUUGCCUCAGCCCAAAAAACACAGAGAGUACCUCAGAGAACUUGCAAAGUUCAGAGAGGCAAUACCAAUAAAGAACCAGGAUUUGCUUGCUAAGAUUCACCAGACAUACAGAGUACAGUACAUACAGGACAUAGUUCUGCCUACACCUACAGUUUUUGAGGAUAAUCUGCUAAGCACAUUAUCAAGUUUUAUAUUUUUUAACAAAGUAGAAAUAGUGAAACUCAUAGAAGAAGAUGAGAAGUUUUUAACUGAUUUGUUCAAGCUACUCAUGGAUGACAAGACACCAAACACAAAGCGGCGAGAUUUAGUUUUAUUUUUAAAGGAAUUUUGUAAUUUUUCACAAAAUCUUCAGCCGCAGGACAAAGAUGCUUUCUAUAAAACUUUGGUGUCAUUGGGGAUCCUGCCCGCUUUAGAGAUAACACUAGGCAUAGAUGAUCAGAAGACGAAGACUGCAUCUAUAGACAUUUUAACAUACAUUGUGGAGUUUUCACCUUCAGUAGUGAGGGAUUAUACAUUACAGCAGGCUAAUAAUUCUGAGGAGGAGCAAAUUCUGCUGAACAUAGUUAUAGAGCAGAUGCUGCGUGAUCGGGACCCGGAACUGGGUGGUGCAGUGCAGCUAAUGGGUGUACUCCGUAUACUCCUCGACCCUGAGAGCAUGCUGGCAUCUGUCAACAAAAGUGAAAAGGCAGAUUUCCUCAAUUUCUUCUACAAACACAGUAUACAGACGCUCAUUGACCGCGCAGCCCCGCUGCUGGAGAACACGGCAGGUGAGAAGCCGCUGCGAGAGGACUACCACACGGUGCAACUGCUCGGCCUAGUGCUGGAACUCCUUUCCUUCUGCGUCGAGCACCAUACAUACCAUAUCAAGACUUGCAUACUAAACAAGGACUUGCUGCGGCGCAUCCUAGUGCUAAUGAGGUCCACGCACACUUUCCUGGUGCUCGGCGCGCUCAGGUUCAUGCGCAAGAUCAUCGCGCUCAAAGACGAGUACUACAACCGAUACAUUAUCAAGGGCAAUCUCUUUGCGCCCGUCAUUGAUGCGUUCCUAAGAAAUAAUGGCAGGUACAACCUGCUGGACUCUGCUAUAUUAGAACUCUUUGAAUUCAUCAAACUUGAAGACAUCAAAUCACUUUGUUCACAUGUUGUGGAAAACUAUGGAAAGAUCCUAGAAGAUGUGGAGUAUGUACAGACGUUUAAGGCUCUUAAAACACGGUACGACUUACACCAGGACAAGUUAAAGGAAAGGGAGCGAGGUGAGUUAGUGAGCGGUAGCGUGGGCGUGACUGAAGCGGUAGUGCCGUCACUCUUGCGCACGCGGUAUAGACGCGAGGCGCGCACACCGGACGACGAGGAGGAGAUGUGGUUCAACGACGACGACGAGCUGGAAGACGACGCGCCGCUCGACGCCGCGCAGCCGCACCCGCACCCACACCCGCAUGCGCACCACGCGCUCGAUGCCAUCGGUAAAAUAGUUGAAAAAAAAGUGUGCUCGACGCCUGAAACCGUGAACGGCCCCAGCCGGGUAAUGCUGACGAGCACGUCACCCAGCAAGCCGACGCACACAGACGUUCAGGUAUCCUCGCCCAGAUUACUCAAUAAGGGUCUGGUGGAUUACGACGGCGACUCGGACGAGGAGGAAGAGACCGCCGGCGGGGCCACCAGCAGCAACGAGGAGCGCGACGCCAAGAGGCCGCGUCUCGCGUAGUGCCCUCACCACUUUCAAGGAAUAUAAGCUCCGCCCGUCUCGCCUAGCUGUGCAACUACCCAGAGCAAUGGCAGCCGCGAGGUAUCCUACACGCACUCCACCAUCUGCCACACAUAUUUUCAAAUGUUUUUAUGACAUACACCAACACCUAAUUCAUAGGUGACAAUAAGUCGUCAGCUUUGGUAAUGUCUCAAAACAACUGCAAAAGCAGUAUUAUAAGUUAAAAGUAAUAUCGACAGUUAGAUUGCUGUAUCUCAUAAAACAAUUGAAUCUGCACGAUUGUAGAGUGCGAUAAGAUUGUGUCGAUUGGAGUAUUAAAUGAUUAUAAUGAUUUGAUGGUUUAGUCGAUAUAAUGAAGCGUUUGCCGUGUAAGGCUAUGCAGAGAAGUACUCGAAACGGCGUUGUCCAUUAUGUAAAUACGAAGUGCCGACUGCCGAGCGUCGAACUUCACAAAUAGCGUAUGAACACCUUUCAUACUUCGUAGUGUAAUAACUUCAGUUGGCAUCAGAACGUAGAAGAGAAUAUUGGUUAUGAAAAUGUAUUUAAUGUGAAAUAAUUUUAACGGUUAGGUUACUUUUCCGAAGGAUUGUAAUUACAAAAGUACAAAGAAAAUAUGAAUGGGAAUGAAUAGUAGAGGAACACCGCAAAAUAGACGUGUAAAAUAAAAUACACGUAUCGAUGAAAAAAGAUGAUAAAACUAGUACUAAUUAUCACAAGACCAAUAAUUAAAUUAAUUCGAAUGUUUAAAUCAUAAACUGUGCUGUGGAAUUGCUACUCACUAGGGAGUUAUUGUGCUGAACUUGUAUCUGAUAUCACAAACAUUCUACUGUGAGUGAGAUCUGUCGACUUCAUGUGUGUAAAUUAGAACAGGUUCGAUAUUAUUUAAAUAAUGUAUUCAUUUGAGUUCAGGUUAUUUAUUUGCAUUCCUUUAUGUCUUUCAUGCUGGGUUUUUUGCGAGAUAGAAAAUUGUCAGUAUACAAAACAAUAAAAACAAACUUAUUAAUUAAUAUUUCGGUACAGUUGUUUUCAAUAAGCAAUUUGAAAGUUUUUGGUUGUAAAGUUUAGUAUAAAAUGUCUUAGUGACCCAAUUUUUGUUGAUUGUAGAGAAAAUUGUAUUGAAAUCAAAAUACUACAGUAUAUUUAUUGGUAUUGGUUUGGAAUGGACCGAUCAAGAGCCUCAUUUAUCAAUCAAAAGAAGAAGAUCAAUACCCAAGUGCAAGGCAUGACUAGAGACUGUUUAUUGGUUGAAGUUCCAAACAAUAUGUUAUAGUCGCGUUAAAAAUAACGCAGUACAAAGAAAAGUAGACGUUAAAACGCCGGUAGCAAUUAUAUAAUGUUACUUAUCGGACAUUGACUGACAGAUAUUAAAUAUUAGAGCGUUAGAUUAUUAAAAAUGUUUAUAUUCAGGCAGCAUUUGUACAAUCCACAAAAAAAAAAAAAUACACAUGCACUUCGAAGAACGGUCGACUAAAGCAACUUAUUCAAAUUAUACAGAAUAGUAAGAGUGCUCAUCGCAAACGCUGUUUGCUUAUUCUGUUACAGUGAUUAUGCGUUGUCUUAUGGCUUGUUCACUCGCCGUUCAAGAAGUUGUUAUAAGGACAUUUAUUUUUGGCGCGACUAUAUGUGAUAUGUGAAGAAUUGUGGGAUUGUCGAAGUGAAGAUGGACUUUAACACACUAUCUAUUUAUUAUAUUUAUAAACAAACAAUUGUCGAUGGUCAAUUUAAGUUCCGAUAGUGUGCUAAAGCCCUAAUCGCUGUUUUGUGGUCAACCUAUUGCACGACCUGUCUGGAUCUCAUUCUGAUGAUUGUAAUGUUCCAUGCAUGUUUCUGUAAAUCUGUCUGAAGUUAUUGAUUUGAAUUUUCUUUUUUUCUAAUGAGUGAUAGAGCUCCUAUUAGAAGUCUACAGGUUUUGUUUAGCCUUAAUUUUCGAUUGUGUUUUACAGUUGUGCUAUUUUAUUAAUCCAGAUUUGUCAUGUAAUAGUAUUCGAAUUGUAGUAUGGGUUUCAGUAGAGUUGUUGUCGCCUAUUACAUCGCACUUGUCACUUUUUGUAAGAACUUUUGAAAUAGGAAAAUAUUUUUCUAUACUUUCAACAAAAACCGUUCAGUGUUUGCUUAUGAUUGUUUGUAGCUUUUUUUACACUGCAGAUGUAAUGUGUAUGUGAUAUAAGUAUCUGAUUAAGAUCCAUUUUAUUUUAUUACUGUUAACCUCUAGUUUUAUCGUUCGUAUUAUGUAAAUAAUAUUAGAUUUUGUAAAGUUUACUAAUCUGGUGAUCAACUCUUGUCACACUUAGAAUGAAUUUAGCUUGCUUACAAGAUCACUUGUCGCCAGAAAUGCUAUACGAUGUAGACGGAAGUGGUCCAAACUAUAUUUAUACUUGUAAGUGUCGUAUUUAUAUUUUUUAAUGUUAGUUUUGUGUACUGCAUUUACACAUUCUCCUGUAUGUAAACAUUUGUAUACAAACUAUACAAUACAUUGCUUAUGCCUUAAAAGUUAAAAAUAGCACAAAAGUAGUUAAAAAACACUAUCAGAUUUGUAUAAUGUACAUCGUUUCAAGCAUUUAGCAUAUUACAUGCAGAAGUUGGAUGAUGAUUUUCGAACAAAGCGUGAUGCAUGUAAUAUGUUCAAAUGCUGGAUAUGACUGCAUGAGAUGCAACAUAAUUAUCGGAGAACUAGGAGUUCUCGUGUUAAAAUAUCUAACAGGAUCUCUAUGGUUCUGUAACAUAUGCCUGGCGACACAGAUGAUAAAAUUGUGGCACACAAAUGUAUAGCAGAUUAUUUUUUUAUUUAUCUUACGUUUCCUUGCGAAUAUACUGGGGUAGGUGACGUUGACGUCAGGAUCUAAGAUAAAACAAAGAUGCAUGCCAUCCAAAUAAAUCUAUAAAAUGUAGAGUAUUUAUUUAUUAUCAUUUUGAUGUUUGCCACUUAAAAGUUAGUUGAUUAUUAUGUCCAUAACCGUUCCCGUCGCUUCCGGAACUCGUUUACUUCCAAUCAUCUUCCUGUUACAUAUCAACUUCAUUUAUCUGAUCUAACGGAAACUAUUGAUCUCUGUUAUAAUUAAAAUCCAGCACUUCGGACUUUUAAAUGAUGGUCACACUACGAGCCUGGAGGACUCUGCCUUAGUUUAUAUAUUUAUUUUAUAGUCGAUCAGCCAUUUUGUAACUGCACAGUAAAAGCGAGACGAAAUUCAAAUACGUGGAAGGGAUUUGUCAGAACAUUGUAAAUAUAAACUUAUGUAAUUUUAUUUCGGAAUCUGCCAACAUCCACGAUAAUAGCAUUGAGCUGUCAAUUAGAUUUAUACAAUUCUUAUAUUCCUUGAAAUAACCUCCCCAUUUAAUUAAAUACGAAGUUGUAGGUGAAAGUAGACUGUAACAAUGACUAUUUUUUAUCUGUCUAGGUGGAUGACCAUCAUAACUAAUUUAUACACAGAAAAUAAAAUAGAUUUACCUAUUGGCAAGUUGUGUAAAAUAAAUAAGCUUACUAUAAUGCUAUUAUUAUGAUGUCACUAGUUAAGUAAGCAAUAUAAAUAUAAGGUACAUAAUACGAA